AUGAAAUUAUUUGAAAAUAGGAAAAAUAUUUUCUUUGAAAGACUGUUGUACAGUAAUCCAGGAUCCACGAACAAAGUUUUUAACAUUAAUGAAUGGCGACGAGACAUUGAGAAUCGAAUUGAUGGCCAAAAAUGGAUAAUAAUGGCAACGAGUGCUGCGGGUCACGCGGCUCUUAACGCUGCACAGCGCAAACCCUCGAAUGUUCUCGGAUUAUUUCUAUUCUGUCCUGGAACAAAUUUGGAUUUGAACUUUGUUAAUACUAUAGCUCCGGGAGCUCUUAAUAUGCUUUUGGAAAAAGGGCAGCUGAUUUAUCCGCCAUCGCGAAAUGGUCAUGCUGCUUUGAUUGAUGUGAAAGGACUUCAAGAAUAUGUUGAUACAUGUAUUACCAAGACCCCGGGUGAUAUUGAUAUUAAUUGUCCAGUAACGAUUGUUCAUGGAACAGAAGACACUUUAGUCCCGUAUGAGAAUUCUGUGAAACUUCUCGACCGUCUGAAUUCUUCCAAAAAGGAAUUAGUGACAAUCGAAGGAGGAACUCAUUAUUUCGAUCGAUUUGAAAUCAGCGAGUUGGUCGAAGAAUGUUUGAAUGAAGCACAGCUUAUGGAAAUUCUCAUCAAUCAAAAUAAUUAUAGCAAACAUAAGCUGCCAGAAAAAAGCGGAGUAAGCGUAAGUGUUGAAUUCUGGAUUCAAGAGAUAAAUUCCAUUUCGGAAAUGACGAAUGAUUUCGAACUCGAAAUGUACAUCAAUGAAAUGUGGAACGAUCCAAAUCUACGCUUCGAAAAAUUUCCGGCUUGUAAGGACAACGUGACAUUAGAUCAGAAUAUUUGGAAAAAAAUUUGGACACCGAACACUUGCUUCGUUAAUUCGAAGAUAGCUGAAAUUCACGAAUCUCCAUUUCUGAAUGUGUUUUUGACGUUGUUUAGCAAUGGAACUGUGUGGGCGAAUUAUAGAGUUAAAAUCAAAGGACCCUGCAACAUGGAUUUGGAGGAUUUUCCAAUGGAUACCCAGUCUUGUCGUCUCAACUACCAAAGUUUUUCUUACAACAAUGAAGAAGUUCGACUACAUUGGAAGACUUACAGAAAACCAGUAUUCACGUUACAAGAGAUUCAGAUUGCGGAUUUCUUUCUUCGCGAAAUCACACCGGCCGUUAUCAGAAGAAGUUAUCCAGCCGGAUCUUGGGAUGAAUUAAUUGUUACAUUUGUAUUCGAAAGAAGAUAUAUGUGGUACUUUUUACAAGCAUAUUUGCCAACUUUCUUCUCAAUUUUCAUAAGCUGGUUGGCUUUCUCGUUGGGUCCUCACGCGAUAACUCCGCGUACGGUUAUUGGUGUGAAUGCGUUACUUUCAAUGAUAUUUCAUUUCGGAUCAAUAAUGAAAAAUUUGCCAAGAGUCUCUUACAUCAAAGCUAUAGAUAUAUGGAUGUUGUGCUCGAUGACAUUUGUGUUCCUUUCGCUAAUUGAACUCGCAAUUGUCGGUUAUAAAUCACAGAAAAAUUCGCCUGAUAAUUUGAAACUCAUCGAAAAAAUCGACAAAAUUGCAUGUUUCUUGUUUCCAGCCGCUUUCAGCGUUUUCAAUAUAAUUUAUUGGGCUCGAUAUGGCUUCAAAAUCGGAUAA